AUGGCAAUGAGAACUACCCGAAUUCCUUUGGACAGAGAUCACAUCAUCGAAAUGAGCGAUGCGCCCAACGACAAGGAGGCAGCCGAGGAAGUUGAGAAGCCUGAUGAAGUUGAACAAGCCAUCAUUAUGCGCCGUACAGAAGGAUUCCAUAAUGUGUGGGGAGUAGGGCUGACUAUGAUUAUAGCAAAGCAAACAGGCCAACUUCUUACUAAGAUUCCCACAGACAUGCUCUGCGGCGUUUUCGAUCAGCUUGGCCCUCUCGGACGACGAAUCUUCGGCGCAACCUGCUUAAAGCUUCACGAUAUCUACAACAUCAGAUUCAGCCCUCAAGAACGUAAGGAAACACUUGCUAGAAACGGAUCGAAGUGGGAGUGCCGCGGCGAUGAGAUCGUGAUAGGCUUCACGAGGGACCUGGACGAUAUUCCGGAAUUCUCACCUUGGUACGCCACGACAAAUCUUGGCUGGCUUGACUGGACAGCUGACCUGGAGGAUUACAUCAUGUCCAACUGUACGAGUCUUGGUGAAUAUGUGCAGCUUCUUAGAGAAUUUGGUGAGAAUGUCAAGAGAGUCGGAUGGAGGCGUUCCGAACGGAAUCGGUGGUUUGGAACUGAGCAAGAAUGCGCAUUCUAUUAUCAGCAAGGCAAAUUCGACGUCCAAUUUGAGAUCGAGGAGAUUGAGGAGUAA